AUGGCGUACGACCUGAAUGCCUACGUUCCACCUACGCGGGGCUACCUGGUCGAGAGAGCCCAGUCACCGGCGUACAGAGGCCGGCGACCAGACCAAGGCGCAGCCCGCAGACCGCUGCUCGACCAACCAUCCCCAGGAGAGAGUCCAAUGGCUCAAGACAACGCCUUUCCCGUCUUUCCUACCAAGCGCUCUGUCGCUGCUGCUGCCGCUGCUCAGCAACAACAACCACAGAGGCCGCCGCGUGAUGCAUCCAGACCUCGCGAUCGUCCACCCGCCGCCAAUGCCAGCCCGAACCCAAAGCCGUCCAGCAACCAGUCUGAUCGUCUGCACCCGUCCAACCCCCAUUCAAGACCAUCUACAGCCGAUGCACCUCGCCCUCCACCACACUCGCGCGCCCAAGAUCCUCCGAAUGCUAGGACACACUUCCGCGAUCAAGAUACAAUCCAUCCUCCUCCACAGGCUCCAUCCCAAUACCAAUAUCCACAACAGGCUCGCCAACAACAAGGCCCACGGUCUGCUGGUCGAGAUGUGCGUCCGCAGCCUCGAGAUCAGCGUGAUCCCUACCGCAGUCCUCCACAACAAGCUCCAGCACAGCUUGCCCCGCUCCCCACCUUCAGUCCACCCUACUCAACCUCCUCUCGUCCAUCGACGAGCGAUUCUGCCAAUGGCCGCGAGCGUCCUUUCCUUGCGCCUCUUGAUACUCAGGUCACAAGCGAUCCUCAUGAUGUCGAGUCGCCUCAGCUAAGCAGUGUGACCGCACGCCAUCGUCCAGCCAUCGUUCCCGUACAUCACGUUCCUUACGAAGCACGUAUUUCGCAAGCAGCCCACCUCUCCAAUGCUUCAGCCUACCAGGACGACUUUGCUCAUCCUCAACAGCCUUGGAAUCACCAUGCGGACAAGCACGAAAGCCUGGGAGGUGUCUACGAUGAUUACUAUCAAGAACCGCCUCGGCCCAUGAACCGGGAGGAUGAGAUAGAAGCUGCCAUGCCUGACUUCGACAGAGCUACCGCGCACAAGCGUCAGCCUACCAUCGAUGAACAUCUGAACAACAUGCAUCUGAACCCUCCUCCUCAACCAGCUCAACCUCAGCCAGGAUACCAGACUGCCUCUAGCAGGUUGAAAUCUGCCAAAUCACAGCCAGAUCUGCGUCAACGUACACCUGUACAAGAAGAAAUCAACGCUUUUGAUUUCGGCUUCCAGGGCCAGCAAAUGACUCAGUCUCCUGAACCUCACUAUCCUAAUCAUCUCCCGCAACACCCUGCACAAGCUUUGUACCACCACACUCAGCCACACCAGGAGCAGCAACGGGAUCGCAAUCAUGGUGACCAAUACCCUGCGUCUAGUCGGCCACCACAACCCCCACAGCACGAUCGUACUUACCGCGACCAAUCGUCUACAACCAUGGCUCCUAUGUAUCAUCAAUCACAACCCGCACAAUAUAACUAUGACUACAACUCCCAAGUCCCCAUGCCCGAGCCGCCAAUCCAUAACCAAUCGCGUAACGAAGGCUAUGAUGUAAGAACAGAUCACUUGGGUAGGCCUUUGAGAGAGCGGCAGUAUGACCAAGCCUACGCCCGUGAUGAUAUGGCCAUGCCACAAUCCAACCAACAACGUAGUCAGAGCUAUGACGACCCUAGUCCGGGGCCACCCAGGCCGCCACAGCAGCAGAGAGCAUUUACUUCGGAUGAUCGGAAUCUAUACCACGAGCAGCCGCAUAGUAGCCAGCCACCGAUGCAACGAGGCGGACCCACGCCAAACUCUCUCAUGCAACGUGGUCCUGUGCCGCAGGGGCGGAUGCCCAACCCAGCUCCUGACGGAAAUAUGCCUCGCGGGCCUCCUAGACGUGGCCAAAUGCCUCCUCAGGGUCCAAUGGGUGGCAUGCCUCCAGGCUUCCCACCAAACGGGCAAGCUCGUCGCGGCCCACCGCCAUCUCGACCCAUGCCCCCAGGAUCUAUGCCUUCAGGACCUAUGUACCCCGGACCCAUGAACGGCGGGCCCAUGAAUGGCGGACCUCGAUCGCAGUCUCGAGGACCUCAAUCGAGGAGACCAGUGCCUGGACAGCAAGACUUUAGACCAGGAAUGCCAUCAGAUCAUCGACUACCUGCGCAGCGCCAACCAUCAGGUGACAGAGCUCCAAGUGCACCUGCAGCAGCGAACGGUUUCGCGCCUCCUCCUCCUGGAAGACAAGCUGAUUAUGGCUACGGACCCGACCCGCCCAUGGCCGGCAGACCGCCACACCCACGCUUUGCCAUGGAAGACAGAUCCCCAAGUGCGCCCGCUACUCAGAAUGGUUUUGCUCCGCCAACGUCGUCUGAUCGUCCAUUUGGCGCUCCACUUGCUAAACAGCGGUCUGCUCCACAGACGAUUCCAGGUGCUCAACAGCAUGGUUACAGCCAGCCUGCUAAUCCUGAUGGACUUCCCGGUCAUCCAGUUCCUGUCAGGCCUGGCCUGAACAAUGGUCCUCCUGCACCAAAGCCUGCACCCGUGCGCAACUAUGCGAAUAAUCCGGACACAUCCUCAAAUAGUCGCUCCCAAUCGCAACCCAAGUCGUCUACAGGGGAUGAUAGCGGUAGUUCUGGCCCAGUGACGAGGAGUGAACUUGAUACGCUACGCUCAAGGGUUGACGCAAACCCUGAUGAUAUGAAAACUGCGAUGGUCCUCGUCAAGAAGCUUGUCGAAGCUUCGACUGUGUUAGCAUCGGAAAAUGGCCGUUUAGAUGCAAAGUCGACUGCAAAGAACAGUGAGCGAUAUGUUCUUGAUGCCCACAAACGUGUCAAAAAACUCGUUGCAGCCAACUAUCCGGAAGCAAUGUUCUACCUCGCGGACUGUUAUGGAUCUGGAGACUUGGGCUUAGAACCUGAUCCUAAGCAGGCAUUUUCGCUCUAUCAAAGUGCCGCCAAAGCUGGGCACAGCGCUGCAGCCUACCGAACAGCCAUGUGUUGCGAGAUGGGAGCUGAAGAGGGUGGCGGUACCAAACGAGAUUAUCACAAAGCCGUGCAAUGGUACCAGCGCGCUUCACAACUACAAGAUGUGGCUGCCAUGUACAAGAUGGGGAUGAUCCUGCUCAGAGGUCUGCUUGGCCAACAGAGAAAUGUAGGGCAAGCUGUGGUGUACCUCAAGAGAGCAGCUGACAAUGCGGACGCUAAUAAUCCUCACGCCAUACACGAGCUUGCUCGUCUUCACGAAGCAGGAAAUCCCGACCCUGCUAUAAGCGCAGCCGUGAAGCCGGACGAGAAAUAUGCACAGAAGAUGUACAUGCAGGCAGCUAAGAUGGGCUACAAGCAGUCGCAAUUCAGACUCGGUCAAGCCUUCGAGUAUGGAUCGUUGGGUCUACCGGUCGAUUCGCGCAACUCCAUCGCGUGGUACUCAAAAGCAGCUGCCCAGGGUGAGCACAAUGCUGAGCUGGCACUCUCUGGUUGGUAUCUCACAGGCGCCGAGGGCAUUUUGAACCAAUCGGAUACAGAGGCUUAUCUUUGGGCACGCAAAGCUGCAAUGAGUGAACCUCCGCUUGCAAAGGCCAUGUAUGCUUUGGGAUACUACAUUGAGAAUGGCAUUGGCUGUCCUGCUAGUCUCGAGGAAGGUAAGAAGUGGUACACGAGGGCCGCUUCCUACAAGUUCCCUAAAGCUGUAGAGAGACUUGAAGAGAUUCGCAAGGGCAAAGCAGCCAAACCGCAGCCCAACCAGGGCCGCUUGACCAGAAGCAAUCAGAAGAGAGACGAGGCCGAGUGCAUUGUCAUGUGA